CGCCGGGUCACAGUUCAACGCAGUCAGAGCAAAGAUGGCGUCGCCGAGUGACAAGUCAGUUUGGGACGAAGUGGAGGAUGGAAUCGGCGAAGAAGUAUUAAAAAUGUCCACAGACGAGAUAGUUCAGCGAACUCGUCUGCUCGACAGCGAGAUUAAGAUCAUGAAGAGCGAAGUGCUUCGAGUGACCCACGAACUUCAGGCCAUGAAGGAUAAAAUCAAGGAAAACACGGAGAAGAUAAAGGUGAACAAAACCCUGCCGUACCUGGUGUCAAAUGUGAUCGAGCUGCUGGAUGUGGACCCCAACGACCAGGAGGAGGACGGGGCUAACGUGGAUCUGGACUCUCAGAGGAAAGGAAAAUGCGCCGUCAUCAAGACCUCGACUCGACAGACCUACUUCCUGCCCGUGAUCGGGCUGGUGGACGCCGAGAAGCUGAAGCCCGGAGACCUGGUGGGUGUCAACAAGGACUCCUACCUGAUCCUGGAGACCUUGCCCACCGAGUAUGACUCCAGAGUCAAGGCCAUGGAGGUGGAUGAGCGCCCCACGGAGCAGUACAGCGACAUUGGAGGGCUGGACAAGCAGAUCCAGGAGCUGGUCGAGGCCAUCGUCCUGCCCAUGAACCACAAGGAGAAGUUUGAAAACCUCGGCAUCCAGCCACCCAAAGGAGUCCUGAUGUACGGUCCACCUGGCACCGGGAAGACCCUCCUGGCCAGGGCCUGCGCCGCUCAGACCAAGGCCACCUUCCUGAAGCUGGCCGGUCCACAGCUUGUCCAGAUGUUUAUCGGAGAUGGAGCCAAGUUGGUGAGGGAUGCCUUCGCGCUGGCCAAAGAGAAAGCCCCUUCCAUCAUCUUCAUCGAUGAACUGGACGCCAUCGGUACCAAGAGGUUUGACAGCGAGAAGGCUGGAGACCGAGAAGUGCAGAGGACCAUGCUGGAGCUGCUCAACCAGCUGGAUGGAUUUCAUCCCAACAUGCAGGUCAAGGUAAUUGCCGCCACCAACAGAGUGGACAUCUUGGACCCUGCGCUGCUCCGUUCAGGUCGCCUGGACAGAAAGAUCGAGUUCCCCGUGCCGAACGAAGAGGCCCGAGCUCGCAUCAUGCAGAUCCACUCCCGCAAGAUGAACGUCAGUCCCGACGUCAACUACGAGGAGCUGGCUCGCUGCACCGACGACUUCAACGGAGCCCAGUGCAAAGCUGUGUGUGUGGAGGCCGGCAUGAUCGCGCUGCGCCGCGGGGCCACGGAGCUGAACCAUGAAGAUUACAUGGAGGGCAUCCUGGAGGUCCAGGCCAAGAAGAAGGCCAACCUUCAGUACUACGCCUGAGGACACUUUCUGUGUCUGUUUGUGUGUGAGAGUCUUUGAUUAUUAAAACAGUUGUUGGGUUAACACUUGUUACAGUUUCUGAUUAACUUGGGUGAAUAAAAUUAAUUUAAAAAGUCA